UGAAUUUAUUGGACUCUCGAUCAGUAAUGGGGGAUCUUGGAUGGAUAGCCUACCCGAAGAAUGGGGUAAGUUUCUCUUGUGCCAUAUGAUGUUCUAAUGAUAGUUCUCCUUCAUGUAAGGUUCUCCAGAGUACUUUGUGCACCCUUACGCUCAAGGCUGCAACUCGGCUUCCAGAUAACUCUGCCCAGAAACUCCCAGAUCUUGGGGCCAAGCUAGGUGACGUUAGUCACAUGUUUAAACAAGUAUGUCUAACAUGGCCUCUUUUAUUUUUGGAGCAAAAAUAUCAGUGGGGACCCAGUCUAGAUAAUAUGCUCUGGAAUAGGACCCCUUAUGACUGUUUUGGAUCCACAACAAAUGGGACACCGAACCUUGUUGCUUUUAACCCAGCAUGUUUCUGUCAUGCCUUCAAAUUCACUAUACCUUUUGUUGUUCUGACCUCUCCUUUCGGAUGGGUGGGUGUGUAGUCAUUGUCAAGCCUGUAGAGGUUUUGCACUCCAAAAUCUUGUCUGCUUAUCUCCUUUUCUUAUUGGAGGUUCCCACUGAAGACUGUUAAAGCAGUAGUAUUCAAUAUGGUGCCCUCCACUUGAGGCUGGACUCCAACUUCCAUCAUUUGCUGCCAAGGAGUGUGGUGGAGUCUCCUUCUUUGGAGGUCUUUAAGCAGAGGCUUGACAACCAUAUGUCAGGAGUGCUCUGAUGGUGUUUCCUGCUUGGCAGGGGGUUGGACUCGAUGGCCUUUGUGGUCUCUUCCAACUCUAUGAUUCUAUGAUUCUAUGAUUCUAUGAUCAUUCCUGACCAUUGUCCACGAAGGCCAGAGCUGAUGAGAGUUGCUGUCCAACCUCCCCAUUAAAGGGUCAUCUUGGACUUUUAGCAUGCUACCAGCUUGGAAAAAGAAAUGGUCAGUAUAUAGGUGCAACAACAGUGAUUGACUAAAAUAAUGGAGGACAUUUUCUUUUCUUUUUUAAAAAGAUUUUUAAAAAACCAAGCUGGCCAGACUGUUGACUACUUUCCAGAAUUCCCUAGGGCCUUCUGGCGGUUCCCUCACUGCGAGAAGUGAGGUUACAGGGAACCAGGCAGAGGGCCUUCUCGGUAGUGGCGCCCGCCCAGUGGAACGCCCUCCCAUCAGAUGUCAAGGAAAUAAACAACUAUCUGACUUUUAGAAAACAUCUGAAGGCAGCCCUGUUUAGGGAAGGGAAGUGUAGGUGGGUUACCACGAGGCAAGACACAGUGAUAACAGCAAGAACCUUUAUUGAACUAACAGAGCUGGACAACAGGGACAAAGCAACUGCUUAUAUACAUUUCUGAAGGCCUGGGCCAAUCCCACUCCGAACGUGAUUGGUUGUCUAAACUUCCAAGCUGUGAAUCAUCACUCAGAGUUUAAGGGCCAAUGGCAGAGGCCCAAAUCCUGAAAUGUUCUGUGAUUGGAUAUCAUAUAUCGAAUCAGAACACAGGAGCUCAGAUUCCUUCAUCCAGACUCAAGCUCAGGCAAACACAGACCACUGAAUACAUAACAGGAAGUUUUUCAUGUUUGAUGUUUUAUCUUGUUUUUAAUAUUCUGUUGGGAGCCGCCCAGAGUGGCUGGGGAAACCCAGUCAGAUGGGUGGGGUAUAAACAAAUUAUUAUUAUUAUUAUUAUUAUUAUUAUUAUUAUUAUUAUUGACUUGAGUUCAGUAAACCCACUUCUCUGAGAUUUGUGCCCCAAUAUAUUCACAGCCUUUUUUCAGAUGUCGGAAAUGCUGCUUUAUUUCUCUACAACUGGCGCGCCAUUUGUUUUCUCUCGUUUUCCCUAAUAUCCCCCCUCUCUCAAAUCUGCUCUAUGUAAAUAUUUAAUUCUCAAUUCCAGAUAUAGAUUUGAAAAGUGGUUGCUGUAAUUAAAAUGAAACCAGAGGAGGAGAAGCUUCUGAAGGCUGAACUUCCUUCCCCAUAUGCUCUGCUGUCAGGACGUCCUUUGAGGGAUGCUUAGUGUACUAAAGAUUCAUCUUCUUGUGGUGCUUUAGCAAGGUUUAGCCAGAAAACAACCCGUCCUUUCAAUAGACUGCCUGAUUAAUGCCUAUUACUAAUAUUGGAGUCUUCAUCAUUUUAAUAGCUUUCCAGUGCUUUGUAGUGAUUCAGUGUGAUGGUUUGCUUUAAACUAGCAAAAUCAUAUUACUUUCUGGAAAUAUUUAUGCUUGGUUUGAAGUAUGUCAUUUUUAUAAAAUAAAAUAAAAUAAAAAUAAAGGAGAUCUGUUAAUGGCAGCUGCAAAAUAUUUCUUGCCUUCUAAAUCUCAGUCUACAAAAAAACAGCAGAUUGCAUGGUGGAGGAAAUUGCAUGAUGAGUCCCUCAUGUAGAAGCAAAACCACGUGUCAGGGGGAGAAGGCAGGAUUAGAGAACUUCAUGGCAUACUAGUUCCAAAUGUGGAGAGAGGCUUUCAAAACGUGGAAGGCCACUCAAACAUUUGAUUUUCGCUCCGAUAAUAUGUUCACAACUGAGUCAGUUGUGAACAUAUUAAGUGAUGUGAUGACUACUACAACAGCAAUUCUUUAUUGCGUGUCGAGGUCCCCAGGGCCACCACAAUAACUCACACAUCACACAGAAAUUUUGUUUAAGGUUUUGGGCAUAAUUUUGGCCACAACUUUAUUAAAAUACAAAAAUGUGAGUGCUUGCUUAGGCAUUGGUUGUGACUAUAUGCCCCUCCAUGGGGAACAGACUGACAUUCCACACGAUGCGAAAGUCAGAAAAGGGGAAUACAUUUGGGGGUAGCGACGGAGCAGGGAACCUGCCCUCAGCCCUCCCCAAAUGCAGCCAGGGGCUCUUGCAUGGCCCGAGCCCCUUGACAGGGUGGACAAAAGCAAUAGUGAGCCCCUGUAUUCCUUUAAUGGAAUCCCUUGCAGCAGCAGCAUUAGAGGGGCAGGCACAGCCAAUCCAUGCCCCUCAACCAACCAAACCAUAAACCAAUGCCUAACCGCAACCUUACAAGUUGUGAGGAUUUGCUACGCAGUAGGCAAAAACCUAAUGGCCCCAGCCAAUCAGCCAGAUGGACAAAAUUCCUACCGGGCCCCUGCCCCAAGAGCAGACGACCCCAUGACAGGCAUAGCAAGGUCAAAGCGAACAACCCUAUUCUAGGGAGGGGGGGACGGGCAAUCCGAUGCACGGAGCAAAAAGAGGAAGCUCUACGCCUUGUGCAGGGAGUUUUAGUAUUUCUGGCUGUCAAUCAACAAAUGGCAACAUUAACUUCUUCCCAACAACAAGGGAAGCCCAAUCACAUCAGUGGCCAAUGAUCAAUUAGCCCACCCCACAACUUUGGAGUGUCCUGUCGGCCCCCACCGCAACACGUGCUCUCCAUGAAGGAGAACACGCUUUGUGGCCCAAAGACCCACCUGAUGAAAUUCAAUGCAUAUAAAAUACAUUGAAAGCACACAGACUACUAGGACAAAUCAUAAGACAAUGCUAGUUUCUGACUUUUGUCUAAUACAUAUCGAUCUCUGAUUCUGACCACCAGGGACAGAAACUUGGCAAUGGCCAAAGUCACACUGGAAAUCUCAUUGUCUAGUAAGCAACUUGGCAUAGAACUGGGCAGAUUUACCUGGUAGAUUUGCCAUUAGUGGACUAAUCAGAUGUUGUCGUUUCCCAGCAUUUGAUGACUAAACCAGAACUCAACCAGUAGUAGUAAAUUAGUGAGCAUUUCCUUCAUCCAUUUACAUGGAUGCCCAAUAUGGCAUGCAUGCCUUUUUUCUCAUUUUAUUCUUGCAAGAACUCAAUGAAGUAGGCUGCUUUGGAUUUUUGUUGGUGUGUUUUGUUAGUGGGUCUCAACAAGAUGGAUCCCUUUCUAAAUCAUGGAAUAUCAGAGAAGGCUGGCUAACCUUAACUUCUGAAAUAUCUUUUAGUACUUUUCCUGUGUAAAAUUGCACCCAGCAAGUUUAAUUCUGUUCUUAUUCUGUUGCCACUAUUUCCCUUAAAGGUAAAGGUAAAGAGACCCCUAACCAUUAGGUCCAGUCAUGACCGACUCUGGGGUUGCAGCGCUCAUCUCGCUUUAUUGGCCGAGGGAGCCGGCGUGCAGCUUCCGGGUCAUGUGGCCAGCAUGACUAACCCGCUUCUGGCGAACUAGAGCAGCACACGGAAAUGCCGUAUACCUUUCCGCCGGAGCGGUACCUAUUUAUCUACUUGCACUUUGACAUGCUUUUGAACUGCUAGGUUGGCAAGAGCAGGGACCGAGCAACGGGAGCUCACCCCGUCGCAGGGAUUCGAACUGCCGACCUUCUGAGCAGCAAGUCCUAGGCUCUGUGGUUUAACCCACAGCGCCACCCGUGUCCCAAGUACUAUUUCCCUUACCUACAGUUAAUUCCAGCGCUGACUGUCUCAUUUUGAUUUGUAGAUUGGAACAUCGAAUCAGCAAUAUAAACACCAUGUUUCAGAACAGAUGCAAACAUAGUUCAAAAGUGCCUGUAUCUUUGACCUGUAGCUUGCUUCUGGCUACAUUCAGACAGGGGGCUUAUUGCAUAAGUUUUCCUGGUUAUAUGCUAGUGCUUCUGUCUCUUGUUGUGUUGUGUCACAGAAAGGUGGCUUUUUGAUUGACACACCACCAUGUUGCACUAAAAUUUUAAAUCUCAGAUGGUGGGAAGGAAUUGUGUGUACUGGGACACCAAUCCAAAUUUUGUAAUGCAAGCAGUGGUGGCGCUAUUGUGAAAACCGCAGGAAAAUUACAACACAAAUCUCCAAGUUAACGGGGUUGCAAAUUGCUUUUUCUAUCCUGGAAACAAUUAACCCAGAAAUGAGCACUAAACUUCUACUAGAUUUCCAGAAGCGGCUUUUAUGUUGUGUGAAAGAUCACAUAAAACUUGAAAAUGAACAGGUAAAGAAAUGUUGAAAAGAUGGCACAAAGUGCUGCUUGAAUACACCCUCUGUACACAAAGUAGUAUAGUGGUAACUUGGUUCUCAAACGCUUUGGUUCCCAAACACCAAAAACCCGGAAGUAAGUGUUCCGGUUUUCAAACGUUUUUCAGAAGCCGAACAUCCGAUGCGGCUGUCGGCUAUUGUUUCCGGGGCGCCUGCACAAAUCAGAAGCCGUGCCUUGGUUUUCAAACAUUUUGGAAGUCAAACGGAUUUCCAGAACAGAUUAAGUUUGAGAACCAAGGUACCACUGUAUUUGGUGCUUUUGGUUUUGCUAUUUAUUUUGUGUUUUUGAGGCUUUUUCAGUUAAUUUGUUUUUUGACUGUGUGGAACGCAAUUCAGCUGAUUGAUUGAUUGUGUGACUGCAGAAAUGGAUAAAAGUCCCCCCUCCAAACAAUGACUAUCAUCAGAGCAAGUAAGAAAAAAAAUAAUUUUAAUUUUCAUCAUUUGUCUUAUUUAUUUUAUAGUACAGUACAUUGAUUAUUGCUUUCAUUUUAUGGAUCAAUAAUCUUGUUCGAGAGUAAAAUUCAUGUUAAAUUGCUGUUUUAGGGGUUGUUUUUAAAAGUCUGGAACGGAUUAAUCCAUUCUGCAUUACUUUCCAUGGGGAAGCUCGCCUUGGUUUUGGAACGCUUUGGUUUUGGAACAGACUUCCGGAACGGAUUAAGUUUGAGAACCAAGGCACCAGUGUAUUAGCUGACAGGUUACAGGCAAAGCAAAUAUUGCAUCUUUCUUCCUAAACUGGAAGCUAAGCCGCUGGCCCCCUCAUUGCUCCCUUGAACUCAUUGAAAACAGGCAGCGUUUUUAAUUUUUGUGAAAUGUAGGGGAUUUUUGGAAAGCCAUGCCUAGCAUUCAAGUUUAACUGUAUUAGAAAUGUACCAGUGACCAUAGAGUUGAAUAAGAUUGGCAUAGUAGACUUGUUUAUGCAGUCGGGGAACUCAUUUUGUGGUAUGGUUAUAUGCGCAAUGAGUUAAUGAGAGGCUAAAAUGAGAAGAGCUUGUGGGUCAGUUGGGGCUUUUCACUCCGUGCUGUGAAAAAAGAAAAAGUAGCUUUGACUUAUGAGUUUGGGAGUUGAGAGAUGUGGUUUAUGUGAACAGUUUUAGGAUUUGCCUUUGUGGGUCCUCAUCAGAGGUAGGCACUGAACCCUCACAUAAUACUAAGUCAUUACAGUUUUCUUAAUAACUUAGUAUUAUGUGAGGGUUCAGUGCCCUUUGAGAUAUUCAGCAGUGUCCUUUGAGAUAUUCAGCAGUGUCAACAGUUCAGUCAUACCUUGGAUCUCGAAUGGCUUGCGAUUUGAACGGUAUGGCUCCUGAACGCCGCAAACCCGGAAGUGAGUGUUCCGGUUUGUGAACGUUUUUUGGAAGCCAAAUAUCCGACAGGGCUUCCGUGGCUUCCGAUUGGCUGCAGGAAGCACCUGCAGCCAAUCGGAAGCCGUACCUUGGUUGUCGAACGUAUUGGAAGUCAAAUGGACUUCCGGAACGGAUUCUGUACAACAAGCAAGGUAUGACUGUAUGGUUAUCAGGGUCGUAGGUUAAAAAAAAGCCAGAUAUCAACUGUUAUUUCUGAUUUGUGUAACUGUGGCUUGGAAAAUGCCCCCAAGAGACUUGGCCACGUCUGCUUCAAUAGGCAUGCAGAAAUUUUGGUGUGGUUGUUAUUUGACAUUUUCUGCUUUUUAGGACUGGGGCUCAGAAAGUGUGGGAGGUGGGCCUUAAUACCCUCAAGCUGUGAUCCUGAUGAAAAUUGCCCUCUCAGCCACUAUCUAAAGCAGUUUGUUCUUGCAUGCUUAAUUUUUCUAUGUGUUUCAAAUAAACCACUCUGUGUGUGUAUGCAAAAAAGCUUAUGGUCACCUGCAACUUGCAGAAUCUGUUCAGGCCUUGGCUUUGCUCUGUUUGGUUCAUUUGGCAUACAGUAUAAACCACAGAGCCUAGGGCUUGCCGGCGGUUCGAAUCCCUGUGACGGGGUGAGCUCCCGUUGCUCGGUCCCUGCUCCUGCCAACCUAGCAGUUCGAAAGCACGUCAAAGUGCAAGUAGAUAAAUAGGUACUGCUCCGGCAGGAAGGUAAAUGGCAUUUCUGUGCGCUGCUCUGGUUCGCCCGAAGCGGCUUAGUCAUGCCGGCCACAUGACCUGGAAGCUAUCUGACGACAAACGCCAGCUCCCUCGGCCAGUAAAGCGAGAUGAGCGCCGCAACCGCAGAGUCGUCCGCGACUGGACUUAACGGUCCGGGGUCCCUUUUAUAGUGAUGGCCACAUCUUGUUCUGAAAGCUCUCUGUCCUCCUCCCCCCUGCCCACCCCCCACCUUUGUGAGAGCUUAAUUUUCUUUGUCCUUUUGUCCUGCUUUUUAGCCCCCCCCACUUUCAAGCAAGAACACAACAACACCUGCCUGCCUUGUGUGUAACUCAUCCCUGCUUUCCUCCAGUGAUUUCACUGAACUUCCUGUAGUCAGGAACACUUCUCAGUAUUCCUCGGAGUAUUUGCAGUGUGUUGUGGCUCACUGUUCAAUUACUUGCUGCUGCUGCUGUUUGUUUUUCUGUAUGAGCUUCUUUUUUAAAAAAGAAGAAGAAGAAGAAGACAGAUGACACCAAAAAAGCCAGAAUCAUGCAUGGAUCUUUUUCAUUGCAGAAUAUUUUUCUAAAAAGGUUGAUUCUUCUAUUUCCAUCCCCCCCCCCCACUACACCCCACUACACCAAAGAAACAAGCCAAGUAAUUGCUCCUGACGGGGGAGGGGGCAUAAUUGUGGGUCUGCAGGGAAUGCCGGCUAAAUAUACAAAGCAGGUAUCUGCGGCCUAUGUGUGAUUUUGUAUUUUUUUGCUUUGUUCCCCCUUGCUACUGUUCUUUCUUUUUUUUUUUUAAAUGAUAUUUAUUAAAGUUUCAAGAAAUACAAAAAAAUACAGAAUACAGAAAAAAGAAGAAUAAAAUUUUUUAAAGUAUAACCAAAAAAGUAAAAAAUAAAAAGAAACAUACCAAAUAAAACAGUUAAAAAGACAUUAAUUUUCCAUAACCUAUCUUCCCUAUACUUAUUUCCCCGGACCUCCUCAUACCUCCCUUUUUUGUUAGUUCAGCAAAUCCUUACCAUUAAACUUUUACCCAGUUGCAAACCUUUUUUCAUAUCUCUUAAAGCAUUACAGCUAAAAACCUCUUAGUUUCUAUCCAACAUCCUUCUAAAAUUCCUUAAUUUUACAAUAUUUCUGUAAAUAGUCUUUGAAUUUCUUCCAGUCUUCUUUCACCGACUCUUCUCUCUGGUCUCGGAUUCUGCCAGUCAUUUCCGCCAGUUCCAGCUACUGUUCUUUCUCUUUUGAAAUACAUAUUCUCUAAAACUCCAGACUAAAUGGGUAAGAGUGAGGUGCUGCAGGAACAGUUUCCAUAGCACACUGCUAUUAUUUAUAUGUUUUAAGCGUUUUGUGUACCCUCCUUCACUCGUACGCACCAGAGCAGUUUACAGUGGUACCUCAGGUUACAUACGCUUCAGGUUACAUACGCUUCAGGUUACAGACUCCGCUAACCCAGAAAUAAUACCUCGGGUUAAGAACUUUGCUUCAGGAUGAGAACAGAAAUCGGUCUCCGGUAGCGCGGCAGCAGCAGGAGGCCCCAUUAGCUAAAGUGGUGCUUCAGGUUAAGAACAGUUUCAGGUUAAGUACGGAGCUCCGGAACGAAUUAAGUACUUAACCUGAGGUACCACUGUACAUCAAUAAAAAUAUUUUUAAAUAUACAAUAGAAUAAAAUGCAAGCAUAAUAAACAGUUCAUAGCUCCAACACGUGGAGGGGGCGGAGCAUUAAAGAAUUCACCUGUUCCUUAAAAAUCCGGUUGUAAAACUGACAUCUACCAUUGUAGUCUGACAAGUGUGCCUAUUGUGGUGAUGGAAGCCUGUUACGAAAAAUUUAGCUAAAAACUGAGGGGCUCCUGCUGUCUCCCUUCUCUCUCAAGAUAGUUUCUGGUCUAGUCAGCUCCAAUUAAAACACACAACAUUUUGUUAUUGUCGAAUUCCAAAUAAAGUUUAUAAAAUCUAAUAAUAAAAAAGGUCCAUACAUGUAUAAGUGUCUGUUCCACCUGUCUGUUCAUAGUUCCACAUAGUUCAUAGUUACAGUUCCACAGAAUCUUUUCACAGAGUCUUAAGACAAGGAUUUCUGGAAUAUUAGCCUUGUUUUGCCAUCCUAGGCUUCAUCAGUAGAACAGGCUCAUAUGUAAUAUUGCAGGAUAGUGGAUCUUAUGGCAUAGUAGUGGUUGCAGACUCUGUGAAAGGAUUCUGUGGAACUGUAACUAUGCAUGAACUGACUCGAGAAUGAACUGAUCCACUGGGUCUUCUGCUUUUUUCGCUGAACUUUAUGAGACUUCCUUUGAAAUCUACAGUUUGAUACAAUGAAUAGUAUACCUUAAUUAUUCAAAUGUACAACUGGGCACCACAGUUCAAGAAGGACACUGACAAACUGGAACGUGUCCAGAGGAGGGCAACCAAAAUGGUCAAAGGCCUGGAAACGAUGCCUUAUGAGGAACGGCUAAGGGAGCUGGGCAUGUUUAGCCUGGAGAAGAGGAGGUUAAGGGGUGAUAUGAUAGCCAUGUUCAAAUAUAUAAAAGGAUGUCACAUAGAGGAGUGAGAAAGGUUGUUUUCUGCUGCUCCAGAGAAGCGGACAUGGAGCAAUGGAUCCAAACUACAAGAAAGAAGAUUCCACCUAAACAUUAGGAAGAACUUCCUGACAGUAAGAGCUGUUCGACAGUGGAAUUUGCUGCCAAGGAGUGUGGUGGAGUCUCCUUCUUUGGAGGUCUUCAAGCAGAGGCUUGACAACCAUAUGUCAGGAGUGCUCUGAUGGUGUUUCCUGCUUGGCAGGGGGUUGGACUCGAUGGCCCUUGCUGGAUCUUCCAUGAGAGAACCCUUUAGAUAUUUGAAGAUGGCUAUCACAUCUCCUCUCGGUCUCCUCUAGUAACACUGGCGGAGGAACGGGAGGAGUGCACUGCCCCCGGCACCAUCGGGGAGGGGGGUGCCAUUGCGGCCGCCCCCAACACGCACCGCGCACCCUCCCUGUGCCGGGCGCCACACCCCCACGGGUGGUGUACCACGUCUCCAGGACUCAUUCCACGCUCCCGUGGGUGGUGCGCAAAGCCCCAGGAUGCACGCCGCGCUUCCGCAGGUGGCAUGCCACGCCCCCAGGACACAUGCCAUGCUCCCAGGGACGCGCACCAUGCCCUUGGGGCGCGUGCCAGCCAUGCCCCUGCCUGCUCUCAGCCCCCUGUGCUGGAGCAUACAGCUUUGCCACUGUCUAGUAAUACUUUUUAUUGCUUCCCAUUCCCAUUUCAAAUUCAAUUCCCAUUUCAAAUUUUGUUCGAGAGAGUGGGGUCAGUUCUGGAUGGGCAAGGAGUAGGGUUUUUUUUGUUUUUCUAACUAGGAGUAAUAUUAUGUGCCUUUGCUAUGGGGGAAAUUAUAAUUGGACCGUUAACGUACACACCCAACCAUGUUGUGCUGCUUCUUUCGAUCACACCAUAGCUGCUGUAAUUCUGCAAGUUCCCAUGUUGAGAGGCUGCCCAGAUUUACUGUAAAUGUCCCAAAGGCGGCACAGUGCAUAUAAAAGAUUUAACGUCUGCUACAGGGCUGUGCUCACUGUUGCUUUUUGCUCUGCCCUGUCACAAAACUGACUCUUGGGACGAUUGCCCUGAUAUUGGGAAGAAUUAUUUGCAGUUGCCCUGAGACAGAAAUACUCUUCUAUGGAGAAUUCAGUUUAAAGUUCCUUUUUUAUAGUUAAAAUGAAAACCGCUGCUUUGUGACUGCCUCAUAUGUCAUGUAGGCUCUAGAAGACUUUGAGAAACUAGAUAUCUGAUAUAAAGGCUUUUUAUUAUUUAAGGAAGGGGGAGGAGCCAAGGUAUGUUUGGCUGAUUUGUUUUUUAAGUUCAUCAUUAGGUCUCCUUAAUAGACUAAUCUGAUUUUUGGAAAAUAUGAAGGCAUUUUGGAGAAAUACUUCCUUUUCUACAAAGAAGAAAGGAAUAUGUCCCUUGCAUUGGGUAGGGGCAUUGUGAUACUCUGACACAUUUGAUUUCCAACAGAAAUGCCAUAAUUUCAUUAGUGUGGUCAAUUAACCUCCCUUCUGUUUGUUUGUUUUUUUUUUUUUUACUUAUCUAGGGUAAACAUCUGCGGAAUAAUUUAAAAAUGGGGUGCACAUCAUACAAAAUUCAACAUGCACAUAAUUUAUGCUUGCAGUUCCUAACACCAAGGAUCUCCAAGGCACUUAGUGGAGUUUGCAUGAAUAACUGAAACUGGGAUGGAAAAGCAGACUGCUCCAUUGUUUUCUUUAAUUUAUUUCUUUAAUUUGUAUACCGACUUAUACCUGUAGAUCUCAGGGUGGUUCACAAAACAAAAUCACAAUAUAAAAACAGAAAAUACAGAAUCUAUGAAAGGGACUUGUUUUUCAUAGGCUUAAUACCUGGGCAGUGUUUGGCUUAUAUGCAAAGAUUUGUAAAUUCGUGCCUUUUUUUAAAAAAAAACAAACCCCACUCUAAUCAAAGUUCUGAGCACCUGAGGAUGGUGAAUUUUAUUUCCUUGGGGAAACAGUUAAGCCAGCUUUCAGUUUCUUUAUUUUCAGUUUAUGCCCCUGCCCAAGUUUGUCUAUGGUGGGUCCACUGUCAAAAUGUUCUUACACAAUGCAGUUGUGAGUGGCAGGGUAUCUGUGGGUUCAGUUGGUGAGAGAUAAUGAUCUGCAAAGAAACCUGGAGCCUGAAGGCAUUGGCCUGAUCACACAUCACAAAAUGCAAGCUUAUUCAUUGUGUCAAAAAUCCUUUUUUGACUGUGCUGCUGAAAUAACCGCCAGUAUAAUUCUGUGAGAUUAAGCCCCUCCAUUGCCUGAAUUUAUGCAUCUGAUGAAGGGGUCUCAAGGCCAUUAAAGCUUUUGCUGAGAUAAAUUUGUUAGCCUUUAGCCCACAAUAUUUUUGUUUUUUUAUUCAUUUAGUAGCCAUCUUUCCCUAGAGCAGGGAUGGGAAUGUGUGCCCUCCAGAUGUUGUUGAAUUGCAACCCCUGUCAUCCCUAAUGAACAUGCACUAGCCACAAUGGCCGCUGGAGUUCAACAAGACCUAGAGGCGUGGAGGGUCCUCAUAGUUACCCCUAGAGAUCGGGAGAAGCAGGAACAGCUCAUUCUUAAGGGCACAGAAGGUAACCAGAAAGAGAUAGUGGGAGAAAUGGAUAUUGUAGAACUGUCCUCGCCCCUCCUCCCCUUUGUCUACCUUGAUCUCCUCUUGCCUACUCUGCCUGUUUCCAAGAGAGCCUACAGAAUUCUCAAUAUUUUAUUUUUAUUUAUUACAUUUUUAUGCCACCUUUAUAUUCCAGUGAGCUGGAGGUGGUGUACAUGGUUCUCCUCCUUCUCAUUUCAACCUUCUGAGGUAGGAUAGGCUAAGAGCUUUGCAGCUUCUGAAUCCCUUGCCUUGCUUUUAUAAUUUGCAAUAUUGACUUCUGGACUGUGUGCUUUGCUGCCGAACCUGUACUAUCGCUGUAGGGGAGUGGGUAGCGCUGUGGUCUAAACCAUUGAGCCUCUUGGGCUUGCCAAUCAGGAGGUCAGCGGUUCGAAUCCCUGCAACGGGGUGAACUCCCAUUGCUCUGUCCCAGCUUCUGCCAACCUAGCAGUCUGAAAGCACGCCAGUGCAAGUAGAUAAAUAGGUAUCGCUGUGGCGGGAAGGUAAAUGGCGUUUCUGUUAGGGCUGUCUUAAACAUAUGCGGCACCGGGGUGCAAAGAUCCGCCUGGCGCACCCCCCCAAGGUUGUCCAGAGUUGUCAGCCUUUUUUUAAGGGGGGACGACCCCAAAGUUGUUGACCUUUGUUCCCUAGAGUUGUUGGGCACCUGGGGAUUGGGCAACCAACACAAGCAGCAGAGGAGCCCAGCGCAACAAACCAGCCCGAGGCAUCGGCGUCAGCGACUGAGUUAAGCUGGGCGCCUUGUGGUACAAGCAGCAUGUGCUGGGCAGGCCUCUCCCUGCCCUACGCCAAUCUCAGGCACGCAGGAGGGCAGAGCUGGCCAGCCGGCUCAGUGUCUCGCUGGCUCGGUCGCCCCUGAACUCGCGGCGCAGAGCUGCCCGCAGCAGAAGAGCCCGUUGCGGCACUCCAACCGAUGGGUAGGCUCUUUCCCGGACUCAACUCUUGGGCCCCUGAGAGCCCAGUGCCCGGAUGCCCCGCACCCCUAUCGCCUAUGGGUAAGACGGCCCUUGUUUCUGUGCCUCUGGCUUCCGUCAUGGUGUCCUGUUGUACCAGAAGCGCCUUAGUCACGCUGGCCACAUGACCCAGAAAACCUUUCUGCAGACAAACGCCGGCUCCUCAGCCUGAAAGCCAGAUGAACGCUGCAACCCAUAGUCGCCUUUGAGUGAACUCAACUGUCCAGGGGUCCUUUACCUUUUUUACUGUCGCCACCUUAAACAAGUGAGAACCCCUGUUGUAUUUUGCACAGGAGCAGAACAAGAGGUUUCUCUUUACAGAAAGAGUUUAUUUUGUACCUCCAUAACCAUCUUUGUGAAGAGGUUCUCUCCCCCCUCAAAAAAAGAGGCACGAACCUGACUUUUCUUGUUCUGCUUGUUUGCCUCUGCCUAGGCCUAUCAAAAUCUGGAUAAUAAUAGCAACAGUAAUAAAUCAAUGUCCCCCUGCUGUUUUUAUAAAUGUUAAUCAAAUCUGUUAAAUGCUUGACAAGUUGUUUCCCUACCAAAUUAUCAUUUUAAGUCAUUACUUGAUUAAAGCAAGAAAAUAAAUCUUUUUUCAUAAAAAGGAUGUAUUAGAAACAACAUGUGGGCAUGUUAAUCACUUUUUUACCACAGCAGGAAAAAAUUACACGUGCAUUGAAAAAAAAAUGCUAAAUAUUAAUAUUUACAACCGGGGUGGAGGAGUCUUUCUUCUUUGGCGAUCGCUCAUAGCCGAGUAAGAUUGUCUUCCAUAAACAUGGUUUUAACAAUGAGUCCAUAAUGGACUGUGGAGGCCAAUUCUGGAUCCACAUGUCCUUCCACAGUGGGGACAUUGGUUUCCGGGGGGGAGUUGAUCACGGUGUGGAUUUGCCAAUCGUGCCUUCCUGUUAGCACGUUUCUCCCUUGCGUCCUGAGUUCGAGUGUCUUCAAAGAUGAGUGCCGCAAUCCCAGAGUCGUCCGUGACUGGAUCUAAUGGUCAGGGGUCCCUUUACCUUUACCUCGGUUUAAGAACAGCCCUGUUUACAAACUAUUUGGUAUAAGAACUUUGCAAAACCGGAAGUAGUGUCCCAGUUUGCGAACUUUACCUCUGUCUACAAAUGGAAGCCGAACAGUGGAAGGGCACCGGCGGCAGGAGGCCUCAUUAGGGAAAGCGCACCUCGGUUUAAGAACAGUUUCGGUUUAAGAACUUCCAGAACGGAUUAAGUUUGUAAACCAUUUACCACUUUAAUGAGUUAGAUAUUAGUCUGUAGCCCUUGGACCACACCAUCAUGCAAAGAGAUCCAUUUGCAUGUUAUAAUGCAGUCUCAGUAGAAACAUUUUUCAUUUCUUGUUGAGUACAGUAGGUUUGUUCCUGGCUAAAAGUGAAUAUAUAAUUAAUGUGAGGCUUUUAUAAUGUAAAUAAUACAUGGCAAUGAGUGAUCUUUUAAUUAAUACACUUUGUGUUUUAUUUAAAAUGUGCUUUAGAACCAUCGGUGUGUAGGGGGGAGAAGCAAGGCCAUGUCCUUGGGGUCAAAAUGUUCUUUGGUCCUGACCCUCUCCUCAGGCCCCACAUGUGUGGAUGUCUACAUAGAGUGUAUGUGUAGAAGCAACUCUCCUUCAGAAAGUCUGCUAUUCUGGAAACUAUUUCUUAUAGUGAUGGUAUUACAUAAAUAACUGCCCAAAUUAGCAAAGCAAUUUGCCUGGCUUAAACAACUCUAGAGGCAGAAAAAUAGACAAGCAUAAAAAAAAGCUAAGUGGGAGAAGUAAGAGUAGGUAAUAACAACAACAACAACAACAACAACAACAACAACAACAACAAUUUCAUUUCUGUGCCGCUUUAUAUUUUUAAGGGGGAAAAACUCAAAGCAGUUGACAACCUACAUUAAAACAUUAGAUCAAACAAUCUAGAAUGAAACAAAUACGAAGCAUACAUUCAAAGCAACAUAACGGGCAGCUAAAAUAUUAUCUCAAAAGAUUUCAAAAUAAAACAUUUUGAAGAAAGCAUUACUAAAGGAAGUCAAAUAUAAAAUGCACCUUUAAACCAGCAUAAUUAGCAAGAGAACCUAGGACCCUGUAUCGGGAAAGUUUUGAUGUCUAAUGUUUUACAAUUUUUUAUGUGCUGUAAGCAACCCAGAGUGGCUGGGGAAACCCAGCCAGGUGAGUGGGGUAUAAAUAACAAAAUUGUUGUUGUUGUUUUAAAUAGUAUUUAUUGAAUUUUAAAGGGUUACAAAAAGAAAAAAUUAAAAAAGAAGAAAUACAAAACAUCACAUCACAAUAAUAAAAAAAAGAAACAAGAAAAAAGAAAAGAAAAAAUACAAUAAAUACAAUAAAUCUUCCCAUAUCUUAUCUUUCAUUUGCUCGUUUCCUUGACCUCCUCACACCUCCCUUUUUUGUAUUCUAGUUCAAUUAGCUAUUUCAGCAAAUCCUUUCCAUCUUUUCCAGUUUUUGUCCUCUAUUUUAUCUUAAUAUAAUGUAACUUUACUUUCCCUCCUUCACCAUUUAGCAAUCUAUUUUUCCUUAAUCCUUUAUAGCAUUUCUGCUAAAACCGCAUUAUCUCAUUCCAACAUCCUUCUAACAUUCCUUAAUUUUACAAUGUUUCUGUAAAUAAGCUUUAAAUUUCUUCCAAUCUUCUUCCACCGACUCUUCUCCCUGGUCUCGGAUUCUGCCAGUCAUUUCCGCCAGUUCCAUGUAGUCCAUCACCUUCAUCUGCCAUUCUUCCCGGGUGGGUAGAUCUUGUGUCUUCCAAUACUUCGCGAUGAGUAUUCUUGCUGCUAUUGUGGCAUACAUAAAAAAAGUUCUAUCCUUUUUUGGCACUCUAUAAGCAACCCAGAGUGGCUGGGGAAACCCAGCCAGGUGAGUGGGGUAUAAAUAACAAAAUUGUUGUUGUUGUUCUUGCUGCCAAUCUUGCCCAUGGUGGUUCAUAAUGGUUGGCGCUGUGGAAGCUCAGGCUCGAUGACCUGGGUCUGCGCUAAGAGACGGGCAAAAUGGUAGACAAGGCUAGGCCAAUUCUUUCUGCUCUUUCCACUGUCGUUUGGUAUCCUCCUACCUCUCCUUUCCUUCAUGUUCAGUUAGAUUUAUGAGCUCCACACGUGUACAGCCAUACCUCGGGUUGAAGUAGCUUCGGGAUAAGUAUUUUCGGGUUGUGCGCUGCGGUGACCCGGAAGUAAUGGAGCGUGUUACUUCCGGGUUUCGCCACUCGCACAUGCGCAGAUGGUCAAAAUGAUGUCACGCGCAUGCGCGAAAGCGGCGAAUUGCGACCUGCGCACGCGCAGACGAAGGUUCGCUUCUGGAUGCGAACGGGGCUCCGGAACGGAUACCAUUCGCAUCCAGAGGUACCACUGUACUCAGUGUGCUGGAAGACUGCUAGAUCUCUGCUUGUAACAUUGCGGAAGGAUAUAAGGAAACUGUGUAGAACCCAUGCCAUAUUUCAGGGGCCCUGAACAUGGCUUCCACCAUGUUAUGACCUUCCCAGAGGGUUGUUGGGUGGGUGGCAGCGCCAUAGUGGUAAAAACUAGAUUGGGCCUAGAGGCACUGUGGGGUUUGUUUGGAAUGCAGGGCCAUUAUUUUUUAAAAAUGUAAAAAUCAAAAAGUUGCUGGCAGGAGGGGACACCAGCAUGCUGGGUGAUGUGAAAAGGUAAAAAGAUAAAGGAGCCCUGGACGGUUAAGUCUAGUCAAAGGCGACUAUGGCGCUGUGGCACUCAUCUCGCUUUCAGGUCGAGGGAGCCGCCGUUUGUCCACAGACGGAAACCAGAGUGCACGGAAACGCCGUUUACCUUCCCGCCACCUAUUUAUCUACUUGCACUGGUGUGCUUUCGAACUGCUAGGUUGGCAGGAGCUGGGACAGAGCAACAGGAGCUCACCCCAUCGUGGGGAUUUGAACCACCGACCUUCCAGUCAGCAAGCCCAAGAGGCUCAAUGGUUUAGAUGCUGACCUUGAAAACAGUAGCACAUACUAGUCUCUCUUCAAUGUCCCCUGACUCUUUGUUUGGCCAGCUGGCUAUUAAGUUGCCAGAGGUGGAAUGCUGUAUUCUAGGGAUUCCGUAUUCUAGGGAAGAAUUGUUGCUUUCCAACUUUCCUUAUCAGCUCCUUGAGAUGUUUGGCUAACUAUUGUCAGAUUGCAAUGCCAGAUUGGAUGGAUCUUUUUUGUGUGUGUGUCUAACCCAGAAAGGCAUCUGCACGCUUGGUUUAGCUAGGAGGACCCACUGGACUUCAUCAUGGGAGAGAGGUGGUUGAAAUCCCUAGGUAACGGUAAAGGGACCCCUGACCAUUAGGUCCAGUCGUGGCCAACUCUAGGGUUGCGGCGCUCAUCUCACUUUAUUGGCCGAGGGAGCCGGCAUAUAGCUUCCAGGUAAUGUGGCCAGCAUGACUAAGCCGCUUCUGGCGAACCAGAGCAGCGCACGGAAAUGCCGUUUACCUUCCCGCCGGAGAGGUACCUAUUUAUCUACUUGCACUUUGACGUGCUUUCGAACUGCUAGGUUGGCAGGAGCAGGGACCCAGCAACGGGAGCUCACCCCGUCAUGGGAAUUUGAACUGCCGACCUUCUGAUCGGCAAGUCCUAUUGUGGUUUAGACCACAAUCCCUACUGGGCCAUAAAUCCCUUGAGCCUUGGAUCCCUGUGUGACAAAUAGCUGUGCGUUUGGGGGGUCCUCUUGCCUGACGUACAGUAUGCAGCACAGGCCAUUUAAUGCAGCUCACGGCAUGCAGACAGAGAAGACUUCGCUGUUUAUUAGGGGAUAUAUAAUCAUUUAAGCCUGACUAAGCUUCAAAGCCCUAAUGCGGGUGUUUGGCCAACAGAAAUGAGAUGUAAAUUUGCACUGAAUAGCCACUGAUUACAGAAAGAUGAUUAAUGAAAGAUUUGAAAUUGAUUUAUGGCUGCAGUUGUCAAGGCCUUCGCCACGAUUGUAAUAUUAUCUGCGUGAAAAGCUCUUGGCAAAUUAGAGACAAGGGAGGCAGGGUGAAAUAUCAGGUUUUCUGUCAAAGGACCGCUGCAUUGUGCGGUUCUGUUGUCUGGUCUUGAAUGACACAGGGCUGAGACCUUUUGUUUUGUGUGCCAAAAGAUUGCAGCAUACAGAGAGGCCUGUGUUUUCUAAAGUACUGGGAGAGCUGAAGACCAGUGCUUUGUCACAGCAUUUUCCCUUAAUGGGCCUGCAACUAAACUCCCCCCCCCCAUUUUUUUUUUUGGUCUCUCCCAGGCAAUAUGAGAAACUAACUGACAAUAAGCUGAAGCAUGUUUUUCAGAAAAGUUUGGGAGAAGAUUAUUGGUAUAUAUUCAGCACUUCUGUGUAAUCCCUUUUCAAGCCCACAGCUGAAAUACCCAAGAGCAAUAAAUUUUGACUACCCUUACUGGCCACUGGUUCUGUUAGCUAGGCAGUGGCGUAGCGUGGGGGGUGCAGGGGGGGCCGGCUGCACCGGGCGCAACAUCGGGGGGGGGCGCUUGCACUCACAGCUCUCUGCCCCUACCUGGCUCACUCACUCUCUCUCACUGCAGUGCUGGCUGUGCGAAUCCGAUCCGAGCCGCCGGGUCGCCGCCCACUGUGGAGGGGGGGGUGCCAGGCGUGCGGUGCGGUGCGGAGAGAGGGGGCGCAAAUUACUUGCCUUGCCCCGGGUGCUGACAACCCACACUACGCCACUGUAGCUAGGGAUGAUGGGAGUUGUAGUCCCAAAACAGCUGGAGGGCCAAGUUUGGCCAUCACUGGCUGAAUAUUUGUCAGCAGGUUCCCCUGCUUUCCCAAAAGAACAGAGAACAUACUCUCCAACAUUUCUCCGAUGAAAAUAUGGAUGUCCUAUUCCAUAACAGUAACAAUAGCAAUAAUUUCAUUACAGUGGUACCUUGGGUUACAUACGCUUCAGGUUACAGACUCCGCUAACCCAGAAAUAGUGCUUCAGGUUAAGAACUUUGCUUCAGGAUGAGAACAGAAAUUGUGUGGCGGCAGCGCAGCAGCAGCAGGAGGCCCCAUUAGCUAAAGUGGUACCUUAGGUUAAGAACACUUUCAGGUUAAGAACGGACCUCCAGAACGAAUUAAGUUCUUAACCUGAGGUACCACUGUAUAAACAUAAUAAAACAGUUAACUUUUUUUUUAAAAAAACUUCCCUAUACAGGGCUGCCUUCAGAUGUCUUUUAAAGGUUGUAUAGUUACUUAUCUCCUUGGCUUGGGGGUUGUAUAAUUCCACACCCUCCAACAUUUCUCUGAUGAAAAUAGGGACGUCCUACUAUAUCCUUCAGGGACACGGGUGGUGCUGUGGUCUAAACCACAGAGCCUAGGGCUUGCCAAUCAGAAUGUCGGUGGUUUGAAUCCCCGCAAUGGGGUGAGCUCCCAUUGCUUGGUCCCUGCUCCUGCCAACCUAGCAGUUCGAAAGCACGUCAAAGUGCAAGUAGAUAAAUAGGUACCGCUCCGGCGGGAAGGUAAAUGGCGUUUCCAUGCACUGCUCUGGUUCGCCAGAAGCGGCUUAGUCAUGCUGGCCACAUGACCCAGAAGCUGUACGCUGGCUCCCUCGGCCGGUAAAGUGAGAUGAGCGCCGCAACCCCAGAGUCGUCCGCGACUGGACCUAACAGUCAGGGGUCCCUUUACCCUUUACCUUUGCUAUAUCCUUUAGCAUUUCUCCAAUGAAAAUAGGGACACUCUAAGGUAAAAUGGGACAUCUUGGGAUCAGAUCAGAAACUGGGACAGCUUCUGUAAAUCCGGGACUGUGCCUGGAAAAUAGGGGCACUUGGAGGGUUUGGAAGAAUUGCCCCUGACCUUGGGCUAAGUAUGAGAAAUACAGUGGUGCCUCGCAAGACGAAAUUAAUCCAUUCCGCGAGUCUCUUCGUCUUACGGUUUUUUCGUCUUGCGAAGCACGGCUAUUAGCGGCUUAGCGGCUAUUAGCGGCUUAGCGGCUAUUAACGGCUUAGUGGCUUAGCGGCUAUUAACGGCUUAGCGGCUUAGCGGCUUUAAGAAAAAGGAAACAAACUCGCAAGAACUCGCAAGACGUUUCGCCUUGCGAAGCAAGCCCAUAGGGAAAUUCGUCUUGCGGAACAACUCAAAAAACGCAAAACCCUUUCGUCUAGCGAGUUUUUCGUCUUGCGAGGCAUUCGUCUUGCGGGGCACCACUGUACUGGUGAAGUCAAGGUGGGCUCUAUCCAGCUUGGAGCUGGGAAUGGAACCCAGAAAGCAAGCCCCUGCCAACACAGCUCUUCAAAGUUGGGCGGGCAGGGCAUAAAAGACUUGCUUUGCCUCUGCACCUGACAGGUACUCUGAGCCCGGAAUGCUGCUUUAAAAGGAAUCGCAUUCUCUGCCGGCUACUUUGCCACCCUUACGUUGGAAAGGGUCUUUCAGACACACAGCGCAGAGCCAUUUCAUGCAGUCUCAACGAGCCACUUCUUUUGAACCGGCGAAGGAUGUUCUUUUUCAUCAGUUUGCUCUCCAGCAUUCAAGGGAAAGGAGGAGUGGGGUGGGGGAAAUUCACACAAACGGCGGUGGCAAGAAAGGUGACUAUUUGCCAGCUUAAUAUAGCUAUCUGCUCCGCUGCAGACAAGCAGAAUCUGAAGGAAGUCUGAAAGGCAGCGCAGCCUCAAAGCUGCACCCUGUUCUCCUCCUUUUUCUAGCCGUUAACUUUCCUCUUGUGGGCGAGCUGUCUGCACACUCACGUGCCUAGCCUCCAAAUCAAGUCCCUUCCCUGAAGUACAUGAAACGAAUGAAUUUUGAUUGUGUUUAACUGUGACCCUUGCCUAGGAAAGGGUUGAUGGGACAGGAGAGCAGACGAGGCUUGCUACCAAUCUGGGUGCCGCUGCGUUGAAAAGUGUGCCCUGUUUUAUAAUGGGGGGGGGGGGGGGGUUGGUGCAGGUCGGAAAGCGGUUUUUAAAAAUUGCAGGGAAAAACAUCUUCUGCAGCAGUGCUCCCGAGAAAUGUGUAAGGAUAGCAGGGGAGGUUAAUGAGAAUCUGAGCCUGGAGGCAAGCUAGAGCAUUAGUCAGGCCUCCAACUUAAAUGCUAGGUUUGGUCCCUUGAUAUUCAAGUAUGUACCUGGCAUUCCAUGGUAUAAAUGAGCAAAUUCUAUUGGGCACUAUGAUCAGGUCUUAUCAGAUCUUUUCUUUAAAAAAAAAUUGAGAAAACUUAAUCCAUAUUUUAAAUAUUUAUGAUUCUGAGCGGUUGCAAUAUCUUUUUUUUUUUUUUAAAGUCCCGUAUUCCAUCUGCUGUUUUUUGCUUAAUAUUUCAUAAGUUUAUUAAUACGAAGCCCAGUCUAGUUGGGGAAAAUAUUUUACUUAUCAUGUGCAGUGUGCCUGUGCCAAAUAUCCUGACUUUCUGGCUUUGUAGAAUUGGUCCCUUUCGCUGUGUUUCUUGGAGCGACAUCUGCUCAUUUUCAAUUGGAUUUUCCAGUUAACUCUAAUUGGAAGUUGGGGCGCAGUUGGAUGCAAGCUGGACCUGAAAAUGGGGCUGACUUUUCAGUGUUGAUAAAGGCCAAGAUGAGGCACACACCCACUUUGUGGAGACUCAAAACAAAUAAAUAAGCAAACCCGGAUGACCGAUGCCUGGGGGAAGUCCAGAUUUGGAGUUUGAAAGUGGGGUUUCCACGCAGCCAAGGUAUUGUCUGGGGGUGAAAGACACCCUAAAAUUCCAAUUAAGCUAGUGGCAGAAUUUAUGUGUGGGACACGGGUGGCGCUGUGGUCUAAACCACAGAGCCCAGGGCUUGCCGAUCAGAAGGUCGGCGGUUCGAAUCCCUGUGAUGGGGUGAGCUCCCGUUACUCAGUCCCUGCUUCUGCCAACCUAGCAGUUUGAAAGCACAUCAAAGUGCAAGUGGAUAAAUAGGUACCACUCCGGCAGGAAGGUAAACAGCGUUUCCGUGUGCUGCUCUGGUUCGCCAGAAGUGGCUUAGUCCUGCUGGCCACAUCACCUGGAAAGCUGUCUGUGGACCAACACCAGUUCCCUUGGCCUGAAAGCAAGAUAAGCACCACAACCCCAUAGUCGCCUUUGACUGGAAUUAACUGUCCAGGGGUCUUUUACCUUUUUACCUUUAGGCUCAGGUUGUAUAUAUGCGUAAAUGACCAUAUAUCAUAAAGAUACCACAGUCUCUGCUGUUCCUGAUUUUUCCAACAAGAAGCACAGACCCUGGGUCUGUGUUUGGAACUCCCUGAAAUAUCUCACUGGAGCAAAUGGGGUGCACCAUGUACCCCUUGGAGAAAAAGAUGGGAUGUAGAUGCAAUAAAUAAGCUCAUCUUCUUACCUGCUUAAGAUAGCUGGAGGGGCCAGCCAGAAGCAGAUAUCAGUUGCCAAUGUGGCACCCAGAGUUCUACAUGUGGUUGCAGUUGGACCCGCACCAGUAACACAAUGCGCCUGGCUAAUUUUUAUCACUGAGCAGGGCACAAAGGGGUAGAGCAAGCACAGGCUUUUGGGUGGCACUGAGACUUGUCAUCCUAGCUUAAACAUGUCAGAAACCCAUGAUUUGGGUUGCCAAUGUGGGUGACUGGGUAAACUGUUUUAGGAUACAGAACUGCGACCGGGAGGAGUUCUAAUGGAAUAGCUUGAAAUAAAUGCAUUGCUUUUGUAUUGGGGUUGGGUCAAAGUGUGUUUGUGUUGUCAUCUGUGUUCGCUGAUUGUCUUCUUUGGGAGGGAUACUUUUGUGAUUACAGUGGUACCUCGGGUUACAUAUGCUUCAGGUUACAUACGCUUCAGGUUACAGACUCCGCUAACCCAGAAAUAUUACCUCGGGUUAAGAACUUUGCUUGAGGAUGAGAACAGAACGGACCUCUGGAACGAAUUAAGUACGUAACCCGAGGUACCACUGUACUUAAUUCAUUCCGGAGGUCCAUUCUUAACCUGAAACUGUACUUAACCUGAAGCACCACUUUAGCUAAUGGGGCCUCCUGCUGCCGCCAGAGCACAAUUUCUGUUCUCAUCCUGAAGCAAAGUUCUUAACCCGAGGUACUAUUUCUGGGUUAGUGGAGUCUGUAACCUGAAGCGUAUGUAACCUGAAGUGUAUGUAACCCGAGGUACUACUGUACACACCUGUGAUCAGGUGGCUGUUUCUUGGGGGUGGGUUAGUGUUAUGAAUCUGGGGAUAUAAUGGUCUGUUGGGCUCAUUCAACCGGCCAAGGGUCGUUUCAUAUUUCUGGUGAGGGGGUGGGGCAGAUCCAGGGUUUCCUGAUGCAUAGACCUGUGUGAUGCACACUUUUGCAAACCAAAAUGCAUUUGUCAGCCAAAAACAUAAGGAGAAAAUUCUGCACUGCCCCAGAUGCACUGGGUAAAUCGGGACACACACACACACACACACACACACACACAAAAUCAGUCUAAAUCAGUUGAUGUCACCGUUAAACCAAAUACAGAUGGAAGACAAACCACACUAUGAGUCAUUAAUACUUAAUAUACUGCUAGUCUGCCCCAGAAAAGGAGAGUACAUCCAUUUUCUUAUUUGGGCAACUCGCUUACCUCCAUCACGCGGCAGCAAAAUUAGCUACGAAUGGUGGGGCCGUGGGCAGGUUCAUAUCCUAAAUUUGGCUUUUAAUAAACUCCUUCAGCCUUGAUAGUUGGGAUGUCUCUUGUCCUCUAGCAAGAUAAGCAGCCAGCCAAUUUCCCACCUUUACAAAUUGUACCUAGCCAUUCAAGCAAACAUUUGCCUUGACAGGAGUUGUUUUUGCAGCCAGCAUUUUAAAAUUAGCACUUGAACCUGAGGCUGGUCUGCCACAUGCUGUGUGCCUUGUAUUUUUAGUAGUACGUGUGAUAUCUUUGUCUUUAUCACUGUGCAUUUAUAUCUGAAGUGAAUAGCGUGGUUGGCAGGGGCUGUGAGCCUCCCUACCUCCCGUAAACUCACUCGCUGUUUUUUGCCCCUGAACACUUACGAUUCAGAAAUAGGCCUUGCUUAUAUAAAUGAUUUAAUACCAGGUAAUUGAAAUGCAUGUAUGUUUUCCUUCUCAGGUUGUUAGAGACUUGGAAGAAACAUUUAGCAUCAAAUUAAUGUCACAUGUUCUGGGGUUUAAUCUCAUACAUAGUUAAGUUACGGAUCUUGCACUCAUGUGGCGCACUGGGUACUAGCCCUUCAAGUGUGCUGCAGUGUCUGUUAUGUGGUGUCCUAGCUGGUGUUUCUUUUAAAACACUUUACUGAUUGUAAACGUAUGGCAAUACCUGCCAUUGGAUAGGGAAUGUGCCUUUAGUGUAGAGCUCUCAGUCAGUCAGUCAUUCAAUAAGGGCAGGUCCUAUGAAUGGCUAUUAGACAUGGUGGCUAAAUGGAUCCUCCAUAUUCAGGGGUCUUAGGUGGAUCAGGUGGGGAUCAUCAACCUGGGAAGCUAGCCCAUCUAGGAAAAGAAAAAUUCUGAUCCUAAACCUCUGAUGCCUUGAGGGAGAUCUUCGGGAAAAGAAAAGGCGUAAGGCGUGAGUCCUACACAAAUCUGGAGUGGAGCCCCUAAGAUGGUUGGAUGGCAUUUUGUGUGCAUCCUUCUCAGGGGCAUAGGAAGAGAGGGCAGGGGGUCGGUACGCCCCUGGGUGUCAUUUCUGAGGGGGGUGACAAAAUCUCCCCUGGGCGGAUCGCUGUGCUGCCCCCGGGGCGCCGAUCGCCCCCCUGGGUGCCAGUCACCAUGCCAAUCACCCCCAAUGGCCACCAGCCACUGGCUCUGCGCCGUCCACCCACUGCCUCCCCCCCAGCUGUAGGGCAGAGGAGGCCCCACGGUUCGCUCUGCUCCUGUGGGCGGUUUGCCGUGCCCUAGGUCCCUGAGAGGCUUUGAAAUAUACUCAGAGUCGAGAGUGGAAUUCAUGCUCUUUUUCAGCUCAUAGUAGUGAGGAAUGGAAGUUCCCCCAGAAUGUCUGCUUUAUAUACAUUAUUUACACAGUGGGCCCCAUGUGAGUGGCUAAUUCCGGGAUUCUCCUGUAGGCCAAUCAGGUUGCGGAUUCACUUCUACCUGGAGCUGGAUUGGGUGACUCCUGUGGACCAAUCAGACUGCUGCAUUCUGGGUCCUAUUGUUCUAGGGCCAAUCAGACUGCUGCAUUUUGGAUCCUAUUCAACUCAGUAUAUAACAGGCUUCCUCCACUGCUGGUCUUUCUGGUAACACCUGCAGCUUGGUCAAAGCUGGUGCCAAACGUAUUGCUCUGUUUUCUUUUGGACCAGCUCAGCGAGGCCGAGAGGGGAGUCUUGUCGUCUGGGCAGCCAGGAGCUCCAUACACACUGCCCAGGCUUGCAUUCUGGGAAGAUCAUUCUGGUUUGACUUCACCCCCGGAGGAGCACUCCAUUGUCUCUUAGGACAGAUGGAAGCCAACCAGGUGAUAAAAACAGGGCUGCUGCCUUCAAGGCCUGCUUGUGGAUUUUUUCUGGAAGCCUUUGACAGGCAAGUGUUGGAAAUGGAAUCAGGAUGCUGAACGAGAGAGACUUUUAAGCCUGAGUAGUGAUUUCAUUUCAUUUAAAAGCAUUCAUAUGCUGUUUAGUAUUUAAAAAACCUCUAAGCAGUGUACAGUCCCAAAACAAACGAAUGAUAUAUCACUGAAACAAAAAUACAACCUAAAACCAGUAAAGCAGCAAUGUUAAGCACCUUCUUAUUACAUUGAAAAGUUUCAUAGCCGUUUAAUCCAUUCAAUAGCUGUUGAUUCCUUCUCUUUUAUUUCAUUUAAAGCGAGCUGAUGUUUGGCAUGUUAAACCUUUUGCAGUGGGUGGGUAGUAAUAGAAAUCUCGGGAGGUAGCUGUAGCCUUGUUUGUGCUGCAGAUACGAAUGGCUUGGUGGUGGGAGGUGGACUGGAAGUUGCUGUCGUGCACUGAGAUAGGAAUCAAGGUACAAUAAUAGGGAAAGGUCAGGGUGCCUGGAUAAGAUCUUGACGAUCUCCCUUGUGGGUUUGCAGAGAUAAGCAGCCUUCACUCACUAGCAACAGUAGCAGCAGCAGCAGCUGCUUUUUCAUCUCAUUUCCUUCUCAAGUAACUUUGCAGCAAUGCCAGACGGGAGAGAAAGGGGCAGUUCUUUUCAUCUCUGCUGAAUAUUCUGUUCAAAAUGGCUGGUGGCAAGACCUCUGCUCCCUUUAUAUGUUGUUGCUAGGCAGAUCUGAAAAUUUGAGACCCAUGUUCUCCUCCCCCUCCAGCUUUUUAAGAAGAGUCCUGCUAGCUCAGGCACCCCCAAACUCGGCCCUCCAGAUGUUUUGGGACUACAACUCCCACCAUCCCUAGCUAACAGGACGAGAUGUAGUCCCAAAACAUCUGGAGGGCUGAGGUGGGGUAUGCCUGGGCUAGCCAGACCAAGGGUCCAUCUAUUCCAGGGGUGGGGAAGCUUUGGCUCUUCAGACCUUGCAGCUUCCAUCAUUCCAUCCUGAACACAGACUCAGUCGGGUUACAGACUCUGCUAACCUGGAAGUAGUACCUCGGGUUAAGAACUUUACCUCAGGAUGAGAACAGAAACCGCGUGGCAGCAGUGCAGCAGCAGCGGGAGGCCCCUUUAGCUAAAGUGGUACCUCAGGUUAAGAAAGGUUUCAGGUUAAGAAUCGAACAGUGUUUUGUCACAGCAUUUUCCCUUAAUGGGCCUGCAACUAAACUCCCCCCCCCCCAUUUUUUUGGGGUCUCUCCCAGGCAAUAUGAGAAACUAACUGACAAUAAGCUGAAACAUGUUUUUCAGGAAAGUUUGGGGGAAGAUUCUUGGUGUAUAUUCAGCAUUUGUGUGUAAUCCCUUUUCAAGACCACAGCUGAGAUACCCAAGAGUAAUAAAUUUUGACUACCCUUACUGACCACUGGUUCUGUUAGCUAGGGAUGAUGGGAGUUGUAGUCCCAAAACAGCUGGAGGGCCAAGUUUGGCCAUCGCUGGCUGAAUAUUUGUCAGCAGGUUUCCCUGCUUUCCCAAAAGAACAGAGAACAUACUCUCCAACAUUUCUCCGAUGAAAAUAUGGAUGUCCUACUCCAUAACAAUAGCAAUAAUUUCAUUACAGUGGUACCUUGGGUUACAUACGCUUCAGGUUACAGACUCCGCUAAUCCAGAAAUAGUACCUUGGUUGAAGAACUUUGCUUCAGGAUGAGAACAGAAAUCGGGCAGCCGUGGCAUGGCAGCAGCAGGAGUCCCCAUUAGCUGAAGUGGUGUUUCAGGUUAAGUACAGUUUCAGAUUAAGAACGGACCUCCAGAACUAAUUAAGUACUUAACCCGAGGUACCACUGUAUUCCUUUAGAUCAGGCCCCCACAUCCACAUGCAUUCCUCGCAGAAAUAAAUUGCUUGCUGGGCUGACUGGUGCUCAAGAGGCUGUAAAUGAGCCCUCACAAUGUCUGUAGCCGUUUCCACAGCUGCUUCAACCAGAUGCGGAGAGUAGCUUUCUGUUGGAUCGCCAUCUCUUGCCUGCUCAGCCUCUGGCAACAUCUGACCACUUCUGGCCGUGGCAGAGAGGAGCAAGACAGCUGUAGCAAAUAUCCCUUGGCCAGAAGCAGACAGGUAGUGCGAUGAGUGAGCAGGUGGCCAGACUGCAGAGAAGGCAGGUGGGAGACUCUUCUCAAGUGGCUGUUACAGGAAUUUUUAUAAUGCUCACACACAAUGUCUUCUCAAAACACCACAUCACACGCUGCACCACACAAUUUCCAACGCUGUUCUGCUCAGGGAAAAGAUGGCUACCGAAGGGGGGACUUGGGGAACUGGUAAAAGACAGCCAUAAUCCCUGAAACCUGGGAUCAGGUAGACAGCAACCUUUUGCAUAAGAGAUCAUCACUGGCACCCUGGCAAAUGGGUGCCAGACAGGUAGUCAUCCUGUGGACAAUAGCAAACCAUCAGGAAUGGAUUAGGUUCUUGGUCAGGACAAACCAGGAACUUAUAAAUAUUUUUUUUGUCUUACUUGAUGGGUGUGAGGUGGAGGUCAAGGGAAGGAUGGUGGCAAACCUGAUGUAUUUGUGAUGUAUGCAUGAUGCAAUUUUAGGGGUGUUGUGGGUAUCUUUGUAAAACUGAUAAAAGUGGGAGCCAUCCUUUGUUCUGGGCUUCUUCUUGCUUCUCCCAUGUGGUGGGCAACAGUCCUUUAAAAUAAAGACCAGACCUACUGGCUGCUGUUUUGCUCCUAUAUUCCUGGCUGGUGUCUUUGUUUGAUAAUCCAAGUGAGGCUAAGGAUUUUCCUAUAACCCGGCUUUGAGAACUGAUAGCUAAAAGUCACCCAGGAGCUUCUGGCCCUACAAACAGUGGCGUAGCGUGGGUUGUCAGCACCCGGGGCAAGGCAAGUAAUUUGCGCCCCCUAACCCAGUAGGGGCAGAGAGCUGCGAGUGCGAGUGCGCCCCCCCCAGAUGUUGCGCCCGGUGCGGCCAGCCCCCCCUGCACCCCCCACGCUACGCCACUACAUACAAAGUUCUAUUUGUGGGCUCCUUUGUGACUAGAUCAUUGUAAGAGGAGGAACCAUUUGUUACCCAUUCGUAACGUGUGUGCUUUUGAUGGAUUGCUACUGUGAACUAAUAGACAUAAGCGCCAAGUACCAAAGCAGAAGUACGCAACAUGAGGAUGGAAGGAAUAUUUGCGGCUAAGUAGUGCGGCAUAAGAGAAACCAGUCAGAAAACAAUGUGACUCUUCCUUAGUGGAGCUUUUAUGAGAACAUCGUUGGACACACGGCAGAGGCUGUUUGCUUCCUUACGAGUUUAACACGCCACAAUAAACAAUUUCUUCCCCAUUGUCGAGGGAGCGUCAAGCUAGAACGUAUAAUGUAUUAAUUGAACAGUAAUGGGGUAGUUCAGCUUUUGGUCUACGUUUAACACUUCAGUAACUGGGAAAGGAAGAGCUUACCGGCAGGCAAGUGGAAAACUUGGUGCCCCGUUGCCAUAGGCAACUUGAAAAAUUGGACCAGGUGACUGGUUCCUGGUUGCUGUAGAAGAUAAGAAGCAGAUUUCCCUGGCUUUUCAUGUUUGCCUCUGUGUGUGUGACCUGGGCAUUUCAUCUUUUCAUCCCCUCUGCAAUUACUAACUUAAUUUGAAGUGUGUGCUCCCAGGGAUUCUCAGAGCAAUGUGGUAGAACCUCUUUUCGUGUUACGUCUCCGCUCUGGAAUGUAUGAAGCAGUGGUAAUGAUGUGUGUCAGCAUGUGCAAAAGGGGGGAGGUGGUCAGAAUGCACCCAAAAGAACAGGAUUCUUCUUACUGGCAGAAUCAUCAGGUCACAUUCUCUCCCUCUCCCUCUCCCUCUCCCCCCCCCACCUUCCCAAUUUAGCUUUUAGAAUAUCUGGCAGACACCCAACUUUUGCAAACAUACUUCACUUCUGCUUACUGAGGUCUAGCGCAGUUAUCAACUUAGAAUUACAGACAUUUGCAAUCUGUUUUUUAAAUGUGUGCUUUCAUUUUUCUUCUUUUUCUCUCCUCCCUCCCCCCCCCCAAACGUUUAGUGGGAAGAAAUUGGCGAGGUGGAUGAGAAUUAUGCGCCGAUCCACACAUAUCAAGUGUGCAGAGUCAUGGAACAGAGUCAGAACAACUGGCUUCUGACAAGCUGGAUCUCCAACAAAGGAGCCUCUCGAAUCUUCAUUGAACUGAAAUUCACCCUUAGGGACUGCAACAGCCUUCCUGGAGGACUUGGGACUUGCAAAGAGACUUUUAAUAUGUAUUAUUUUGAAUCGGAUGACGAAGACGGAAGGAACGUAAAAGAAAACCAGUACAUCAAGAUUGAUACCAUUGCGGCGGAUGAGAGCUUCACAGAGCUAGACCUUGGAGAUAGAGUCAUGAAGCUGAACACAGAGGUGAGAGAUGUCGGGCCGCUGACCAAAAAGGGAUUUUACCUUGCUUUCCAAGAUGUGGGUGCCUGCAUUGCGCUGGUCUCUGUGAGGGUGUACUAUAAGAAGUGCCCUGUGGUGGUUCGGAACUUGGCCGUCUUCCCCGACACCAUCACCGGAGCAGAUUCUUCUCAGCUUCUGGAAGUCUUGGGGUCGUGUGUGAACCACUCUGUGACAGACGAACCCCCACGGAUGCACUGCAGUGCCGAAGGGGAGUGGCUGGUGCCAAUUGGGAAAUGCAUGUGCAAGGCAGGCUACGAAGAAAAGAACAACACUUGUCAGG